AUGCCCAAGAUCUCGCUGCUCUGGCUUGCGGCGGAGGCGUCCUGCUUCGCCGCAUUCCGCUCUGGUGAGAUCUGGCUCGACACGGACGGCAACACGAUCGAUGCUCACGGCGGCGGUUUCCUCUUGGACGGCGGCGUGUACUACUGUGCCCGGAACGGGAUGAGCCCGCCUUGCUGCCUCGACCGUGGUGUCAACCUGUACACGUCCACCGAUCUCUACAGCUGGACGCAUCGCGGGCUCGUCCUGCAUGCGUUCAACUCCUCCACUGACAACGGGCUGAGUCUGGAGCGGCCCAAGGUGAUCCGAUGCACAGGCACCGGCCAGUACGUCAUGUGGGUGCGCGGCUCAGCUCUCGCCUCUCAGCUCUUGGCCGUUGCGACGAGCGAUGCACCGACGGGCCCGUUUCGCUUCGUCGGCGACCAGACGGACCCCUUCCGCACCGUGGCUCGAGGAGGCCCAAACUUCCGCGCGGGCUACCAGUACGGAGAUGCCACGCUCUUUCAGGAUCCGCGCACGGGCCGCGCCUACGUGUACUGGCGCACGCGCUGGCAUCAGACCGGCUUUCGCGGCAUGGAGCUGACCGAGGAUUGCACCGAUGUUCGCCCGGAGAGCGAUACGCAACUCUUCGCGACCCCCAACCGAGAAGCGCCGACCGUCUUUUUUGCAAACGAACGCUUCUACCUCUGGGUGAGUGGCUGCAUGGGCUGGGCGCCAACCACGACGCACCUGUACACCGCACCCACCGCCCUCGGCUGCUUCAACUGCUCGGGCUUGAACAACUCGAAGGGCUGGCUCGUCGGCUGGCAGCCGCCGCCCAUCCCCGAGCCCAACCAGUCGGGCAACCAAAAGCAAAGGAACAGGCCGGGCGUCUGGGCCUUUGGCAGCCAAAGCACCUUCAUCCUCGCCAACCCGCUGUACCGGAAGGGCUCGGCGCUGGCGCCGUUUGUGUACAUGGCCGAUCGAUGGACGCCGAAGAACAACGUCUCGUUUGGCACCUACGUGUGGCUGCCGCUCUUCAUCGACCCGCAAAACGCGUCGAGGGUGCGCGUCCUGUGGCGCGCCUCCUGGCGGCUCGACAACGCCACCUCCCCGUUUGGAGCGCGCCGCGCGCCGAACUCGUCUGUGUCUGUGACUUAA